UCUGCCAGACAGCGGCGGUGCUCGGCUGCGGAGGAUGCCGACCCCGACGCGGGGACGACAGCCAGGCGAGAUGCCCGCUUCCCCCGAGCUCCCAAGUCCCGAACCGGCCCUCGCCGAGAACCAUUAGCAUCCAUGAAGCCUCCCUUGCUGAAUCCUGAAGGGGCCAAAGGGCGGAAAAAGGAGACGAAGAAAGAAGAAUGUACUGGAGAGUAGGGUUCGCCUGGUCUCCCGCCUGUGUGGUUGAUUUUGGCCGGAAUCAGAGCUUCUCAUUCGGCCUGUGCGGCUCGGAUGAGCGGUAUUCGUUAUAUGGGUACAUCAUCGCCUAUCCCUUGCAGGACUACGCCGGGAUCAUGUCGGCUCUGGGCUCGGAUUCCUGGUGGAGGAAAACGCUCUAUCUGACCGGGGGCGCUCUCCUCGCUGCCGCUGCCUAUCUGCUGCAUGAGCUGCUGGCUAUUAGGAAGGAGCAGGAGCUGAGCUCUCAAGAUGCCAUCAUCCUUCACCAGUUCUCCCGGCCCAAGUGUGGGGUCCCCAGCCUGUCCCCCUUCUGCCUCAAGAUGGAGACCUACCUGCGCAUGCUGGGUCUGCCCUACCAGAACUACUUCGAUGGGAAGUUGUCUCCGCAGGGCAAGAUGCCCUGGAUCGAGUACAAUCAGGAGCAGGUGUGUGGCACGGACUUCAUCAUGGACUUCCUGGAGGACAAGCUGGGCAUGACCCUCAACAAGAGCCUUAGCCCACAGGAGAUGGCCAUCUCCCAUGCCGUCACCAAGAUGGUGGAGGAGCACUUCUACUGGACAAUAGCAUACUGCCAGUGGGUGGAUAACCUGGAGAAGACGGAGGAGAUGCUGGCGGUGAGCGGGCCCCUGAGCCACGUGCUCAAGUGGAUCCUGAGUCACCUGACCAGCGGCAUCGUCAAGCGCGAGAUGUUCGGCCACGGCAUCGGACGCUUCUCCAAGGAGGAGGUGUAUGCACUGAUGGAGAAGGACAUGCGAACCCUCGCCAUUCUGCUAGGUGAUAAGAAGUACAUCAUGGGGCCGAAGAUGACCGCGGUGGACGCUACGGUGUUUGGCCAUCUAGCCCAAGCCAUGUGGACCCUGCCGGGAACUCGUCCAGAACAGCUGAUCAAAGGUGAGCUGAUCAACUUAGCCAUGUACUGCGAGCGCAUCCGUCGGAAAUUCUGGCCCGAGUGGUUCGUGGACGUGGACGACUUCUACUACGACGGCUCGUUCGAUGACAGUACCGCCUCGUCCUCCCACCUUCUGGACCUGGGCCUGUACUCACGGACCGACACGUUCCAGGACGAGUCCAACACACACACACACACGCCCCCGCACCCACACACACACCCGCUAGACUCCAACCUGCACACGCCGGAUAGCGACCGCACAGGCCAGUCGCUCUUCGACUCCGACAUGGACACCGAGGUCUCAGACAUGGAUCAGCUGAAGGGUUAAAGUUUCCCACAAUGCCUUGCACGGAGCCCUCCUGUACUCAUUUGCCAAACUCCCCCCUCCCUCCUUCUCCUGCCUUCCUCUCGAAGAACACCCCACGAGGGGUUGAUGACUGCAUCACAAAGAUGACACAGAUGAUGAUGAGGAGGAGGAUGAUGAUGGUGGUGGAGGUGGAGAAAACGAAAGCAUAAAACCAUCAGGGGAAAAGCGAAGGGGAGAAAAGGGCAGGAACUGAGAAAGAGAGAGAGAGAGAGAGAGAGAAAGAGAGAGAUAGAGAGAGAGAGAGAGAGAGAGAGAGAGCGGGAGUCAAUGACGCCGUUGCUGAGUAACUCCACCCACGGUCAGGUUACCUCCUCGAUGCGGCCAGUCAUCGCUGCGACAGCAUGUCCACUACAUUCCCCAGCCAGUCUGUUUUUAGAGUUUUAUAGUGUGCGCGCCUCUCAGAUGCCUUCGGUUGGUACAGAUCUUAAUAUGCCAUGAGGACAUGAGCUUACUCUGUCUCUUAGCAACCAGCAUGUCAAUUUGAUAUUGACAUGCUUCUUAAGGAAUACUACGGUAUAUGAACUCACAUACUCAACUCAUGCUUACUGUGUGCGUACUGUUUGUGAGCCUCUUAAGUGUGUUGUGUGUGAUUGGACAGGUCUACGAGCUGCCUGUCUGGAACACUAACAACCUCCUCAAUCCAGACAGCAGUAGAUUCUGCACUGCAUCUAGCCUUGAUCAGCUCCGAGACCAAUUAACACUGACAUGAUUAAAGCAUCUACUGGAAGAUGACUGAACAAAUCUGAGAAUAACAGAAUGGGAUACCUAAAUUGUGGGAAGGAAAUAGUUUGAUCAACUAAUAUUAACACAUUUGAUAAUCAAUUCAACAGUAUAAACAAUAUAAAUGGUUAUUAAUACAAGUACUAGUGUACAUGACAAGCUUGUUUCAGUGACAUCUUGAAGUGCUUGGCAGGGGUUUGUGCGGCUAUUCCCAUCUCCCACUCUACAGAGAGCAUGUGGUCCAGACCAACUGGCUCCGAGGCCCUCAGUGGACCUGCCUUGCCUUGUGAAACCCCGUGCAUGCUUACUGUCCAAGGGGCCUUCGAGCGGAAACGUCUGGAUUGGACCGAGGACAACAAGGAAUUACAAAACACACAGGAGCUUCUGAGACACGUGUGUGUGCAUGUGUGUGUGUGUGUGUGUGUGUGUGUGUGUGUGGUUUGAGCUGGGAUUUCUUUCAUUGUUGAUCCGUCCACUGUAGUGUGUGUGUGGCAUGUAAGUGUGUGUGUUUGUUUUCUUUUUCAGAGCAGUUGAGCUGAGCUUAACCUUUGAGGUGCAUACUGAUAGAGAGGGCAAAUGUGAGAGAAAGGGGUAAAAACGAGGGGGUAGAAAGGGUGACCCUGAAUCUGGUGGAUAAUGGCAUGGGUGGUGUUGUCUGUGUUGUCUCUGGUUUGAUGGAUCUGUACAGGUGUUUGUCAGGCAUCAGACACCCAUGCUGUCCAUUGAGAGAGAGAUUGUUAUGUCUUUAGGGGCAAUUAGCAGUGAUUUGUCUUCUUAAAACCGCUAUUGCUUUCACAGAAGAUGUUGGCCAGUCCCUUAAAGAAAUGCUUCAGUUGAUGGCAGCAUUUUUUGAAAAAGACUGUGGCCAACGCAUGAGGAAUACAGAGUCACACGAAAUUAUUAACAUUUAAACUCAAAGGCGUUGACACGUGGUGCACAAAAAAACAAAAGGAAAAUUUGACAAUGCUAUUGCAAUUUUAUUUACAACACUUUCUGAAAUGUACCAGUCAUCUACAAAUCCAAGAAGCGCUGGUGUUUGUGACUUUGAAGUUUAUUUCAGGUGAAGUCUCUUAAAGCCUUAUGUUAGACAGCCACCUGCCAUCCCAAAGAGAGGGAGGUGCACCCCUUCAGGCAGUGUUUUAAAGCUGUGAUGAUGGUAGUUUUGGGCAGCUGAUGAGUGGAAAUUUACCAGCUGUUGUGACAAAGCAGUGUCUCCUUAAGUGAAAUAAUUGCUGCAGUCCACUAUUGUCCCUCUGUUGGCUUUGGCCCCUUUGCUCAUUCUCGUAGCACUAUUAGGUCAAAUUACUCAUUCACAUUCGUGCAGACUAGACAUUCCUUAGUUAGAGGAAGUGUGUGACCUGUCCUCUAUCCUGUGCUGACUGAGCAAAGGGGAGUAGCAUCCAGGCUGGCAUGAGGUCCUAAAGCCACCCAGGUUCAUGUUGUGCUGACUGAGGCGAUUGAUUCAUCCAUUUUAGACUAAAGCUUGUGGCUCAGAUAGAUCUGCAGGCAUUUCAGAAUGCUUCUCUGUUGUUAUGAUGGGAAUGGGCAUUACUGCAUUGUGUGUCUGUGUGUUUGUGUACGUAGCUGUGUUCCUGUGUACCUGUGUGAGUAUAUGAGCACCUGUGUUUGUGUGUGUGUGUGUGUGUGUGUGUGUGUGUGUGUGUGUGUCCAUAUGCUGCAUGAGUGAGUCACCAUCACGCAUGAGCAGACUUGGAUCCACAGGCUCGUAGUCAGGCAGAGAUGGAGCUCAGCUGGGGUUGCACAGUCUGCAGCAAAGUGGAAGAACAACAACACACACACACACACACACACACACACACAAAUUCAGAAACACACAUACAACUGUAGAGGGUUCUAGUCAUUAGUGUCUGAUUCACCCCUCCCUCCCAUGCCAAAUAGACUGUGUGUGUCUCUAAGAGAGAUGAAGCAGUGUGUGUGUGUGCACUGAACUGAUGGGAGAGCCAGGAGUGUGUUAGUGUGUAGGGCCUACUCAUGGCAAAAUCAUGUACAGUUAAAACACAAAAGCACAGUUGUACUGUGUGUGGUUUAUGAACUGUGUUAUGUUAGAUACAUCUCGUCAAUGUUUUCUCAUAGUUAUAUACUCUCACUUUCUCUCUAAAUCUGUGACAUACAUACACAAAUACAACUCCUGCUAUGUUCCAAUCUGCUGUCUCUUUUCCUCUACUCGCUUCCUGCUUCUCUCUCUCUAUCACCCCCUCUCUCUUUCUCUCUCUCUAUCACCCCCUCUCUCUUUCUCUCUCUCUCUCUAUCACCCACUCUCCACUGGUACUGCAGUGUGUGUGUGUGUGAGAGAGAGAGAGAGAGAGAGAGAGAGCAUGUGUGUGUGUGAGUGUGUGCCAUCAAUCAAAAGCAUUGAAGGCCAGAUAAGCACACACACAUACAGCCAGAUUUCUUUUUUGAUGUUUGUGCCUGAUGUCAGAGCCAGUAUUAUUUUAUUUGAAUUUAAUUUCUUAUGAAAGAAUAUGUUGUUUUUUUUAAUAAAAAAAAAUGUAAACAAUGGUAUCUAUUGUUUUUAGACAAAUAAUUGUUAUUUAAUUCAAUGUACUGUAUUCUUUUUGGUUAUAGUUCUUUGAUAUUUUAUGAGAUUUGUUUUGCACUGACAUAUUUUGAAUAUAUUUAUUUUUUCGGUGUUCAUGAUCUAAUGUCUUUCUGACUAUUGCAGAAACUAAUUCAGGCCGGAGCGCAUAGGAGUGCAAUACUUUGUCAUUUGUUUAUGUGUGUGCAGUCCCUGUUGUGCUGUGAACGUAGAGUUAUGCAGCAGAUACAGCGACAGUGUGGCCAAAUCCUGACCCUUGACCCGGAAGCAAUUUCACCACAGCCCUCACCCCAUGUAAAACAUUUGACCUCAUGUCAAAGAGGACCUGUACCUUCCCUUGUGUAUGCAAGCUGUUCCUGGUGUGACCCCCCCUUGUGGCAGUUUUUGACUAGUUUUAAAGGAACACAGAGCCGAACACCACCCUGCCCCCUCCAAUUAACUACAACCUCCACUGUAUCUCUGCUUUUUGCUGUUUAGCUUGUAACUAUGGAAACCCAAGUAACGAGAUUUCCUCCUCUCCUUCCUCUCCCUCUUCUUUCCUCCUGUCCCCAAAUGGACGAAUCCUUCUGACAAUGGUCAGAGAUGCAGCCCUCGUAUCCCUCCCCCAAAUGCCCACAACAUCUGCCCACCAACCUUGUCCGUCACGUCCUAGCCGUGCUGAGAUCCAUACAGUAGACUCUAGAGCCAUUUAUGCAAGCCUGUGUUGUGUGUGUCCAGAAUUGCUUGUGACCCUUGAACCUAUUCUGAGUGAUAUACUGUAAAUAGAAUGGGGAAGGAGUGUAAUGAAACUGACCCUCUGUAACAUAAGAUGUACCAAUAACUUCCUAUGAAUGUAAGAUAGAUAGAGGUGAGUGGCUGUGUGGAAAUGAAGUCAUUAAAUAUAACAAUGAUAAUUUUA